GGAGAGUUAUGCGUUAACGGACGGGGCUCAUCCCUGCAAAUACCUCUUUAAUUCAACUUCACCGAGCCGCUCCGAACGACUGAAUAAUGGCGUGAGGGACGCAGACGCGUGAAGAUUAAGCUGCGAACCUUGCAACCGGGAGUUAGUGUAUAGCUGCCGCUGGCUGGAAGUUUGGCGUCGGCUCCUCCGGCCGGGCGGCCCCGGCUCUGGCUGUGGCUCUGGCUCUGCCCCCGGAGCGGUGUCCCGGUCCGCCCACACCCAUGCACAACGACACGGCCUCUGGCGGCCCCGGCAACCCCAAUGUCACCUGCUCCUGCAACUGCACCGCUUCCCAGCCACAGGGAAUGGAGAUAUCUGAACUGGAGUUUGUUCAGAUCGUCAUCAUCAUCGUGGUGAUGACAGUGAUGGUGGUGGUGAUCAUCUGCCUGCUCAACCACUACAAGCUCUCCACCUGGUCCUUCAUCACGAGGCAGAGCCAGGCCCGCCGGCACGACCAUGCGCUGCAGCAGGACGGGUGUCUGUGGCCUUCGGACAGCGGCUCUCGACAAGGAGCCUCGGAGGUCCUCUACGCUCCCCAGGCCAGGGAUCGCUUCACCGCUCCGUCUUUCAUGCAACGGGACCGUUUCAGCCGCUUCCAGCCCACCUACCCCUACAUGCAGCACCAGAUCGACCUGCCGCCGACCAUAUCGCUGUCCGACGGCGAGGAGCCGCCGCCGUACCAGGGGCCGUGCACCCUGCAACUGCGCGACCCCGAGCAGCAGAUGGAGCUCAACCGCGAAUCAGUGCGGGCGCCGCCCAACCGGACCAUCUACGACAGUGACUUGAUCGACAUGGGCGGGGGCAACGGCCUGGGAGGGGUGGGGGGCGGAGGGGGCGGCAUGGGAGGGGGAGGCCCCCGGCCCCCCAGCAGUAACUCGGGUAUCAGCGCGGCAAACUCCAGCAGCCACGGACGGAUGGAGGGCCCCCCCCCGGCGUACAGCGAGGUGAUGGGCCACUACCCCGGCUCGGCGUUCUUUCUACACCAGCACAGCAAUAACCAGAGAGUGGGCCGGCCGGGGGGGCCGGGGAGCAGGACGAUCCAGCAGCAGAGCCAAUCAGAAAGCACAAUACCUGCCAAGGCUAAAGAAGGCCAACCAGAGGACCUGGUCUGAGGACAGGUGGGGUGGCCCACCCCGGACUUGAAACCGUCUCUCUCCUCCACCUCCACCUGGAAGCGUUGGCCUCUGUGUUGCUCUGUCGCUCUCUGGCUCUCUCGUGUCCUCUCUCCACACUCUCAUGCACAAAGAAAUCUCCGCUCGAGCUACAACAAAGCAAGAAAAGAGAGAAAUGAAGAGAUGUUUCAUUUCAGUUUCUCUCAGACGGCCGGCGUUGCUGAGGCGGGGUGUAUGCACCGCGUGGAGAGACCUUUCCCUCUUCAUUUCCAAACAAAGACACUGCUCGCACGGACUGAAAACAUGUUCUCUUUCUUUAGUCCCCCCCCCCCGGAGAAGUGAGGAGGACUGUUUUCUUCUUUUUGUCUUUUUUUGUUGUCGUCGUUUUCUCACUUUAAUUUUUUUUUUGGUUUUAUUUUCUCGGACCGGGAUCUGUGCACAAAGCGAGGACUGAGGAUCCGGAACAUGCAGAGAACACAACUAAACCAGACUCACAAAACCCAAAUCUUAGUGCCAAGGUUCACGAGGAGCAAAACAAGCGGAGGACAUGUUGGAACAUUCACAACACAAAAAAGAAGAGUUAACUAAAAGUUGCACUAUCUUGUUGUAAAAGAGAAGAGGGAAUUGAUGUU